AUGGCCAGGAAGCUCAGCGUGCUGGAAGUCCUCCUGAUCAUCUUCUUCAUAAUUGUAUUAUCCGUAGAUAUCCUUCUACUGAUGCUUGUGUUGGAGAAAGAUAAAGACUCCUUUGUGGCAGAGUGCCCGGCGAUCCCCGAAUCGGAAAGGAUAGACUGCGCUCCUGGCCAGGCAGUGACACAGGAGGUCUGUAGCUGGCAUAUACGGUGCUGCUGGAAUCCUGUGGCAAAUACCAGUGUCCCCUGGUGUUUCUUCCCCAAGAACUGGGGCUACAAAGUCCAUGAUGGCCCCACCAACACCAGCAAGGGGUUCACUGCCCUGCUGAAGAGGCUACCAUCCCCAACUCUGUUUGGAAAUGAUGUUCCCAACACUGUCUUCACGGCCGAGUAUCAGACAUCCAAUCGUUUCCAUUUCAAGAUUACUGAUUCCAUUAACAAGCGAUAUGAAGUCCAACAUAAAAAUAUCAAUUCACUGGCUCAGACGGCUAACAUCUCCAAUUUCAGCUACCACGUCGAAGUUGUUAAUGAGCCUUUCAGCAUCAAAAUAAUGAGGACAAGCAACGGAAAAGUCUUGUUGGACACGAGCAUUGGUCCCCUCCAGUUUGCCCAGCAGUACCUUCAGCUGUCUUUCCGUCUGCCCAGUGUGAACGUGUAUGGGCUAGGGGAACAUGUGCACCAGCAGUACCGCCAUGACAUGACCUGGAAGACCUGGCCCAUUUUCACGCGGGAUGCCGCCCCUGUGGAGGGCAUUAAUCUAUACGGGGCUCAUACAUUCUUCUUAUGCCUUGAAGACACCAGUGGAUCCUCAUUUGGGGUUUUCCUGUUGAACAGCAAUGCCAUGGUGCCUGCGGAGUUCUGCUAUUAUAUCCCACUACAUUUUCAGGCAAAAAGGCUCUGCUUUAACAGUGCUUAUUCUAAGUGUGAACUCCUCUCUAUUGAUCAUUUCCAGCUGGUUGGAAAACCAUUCUUGCCUUCCUACUGGAGCCUUGGGUUCCAGCUGAGUCGCAGGAAUUAUGGGGGCACCGCAGGAUUGACAGCGGUUGUGAACCGAAACCGUGCAGCUCAGAUCCCGUAUGAUGUGCAGUACUCUGACAUAGACUACAUGGAUGGAAACAAGGAUUUCACUUAUGACAACAGGACUUACUCUGAUCUUCCAGAGCUUGUCAGUGAGUUGCACCGCAACGGGCAGAAAUACAUCGUCAUGAUGAAUCCUGGCAUCCCCAACAGCUCUGGCUAUCAGCCCUAUGAGGAUGGAAGGAAAAAGAGGAUAUGGGUCCUUGGGAACAAUGGCCCUGCUAUUGGGAAGGGGUACCCCGGGUCGACCGUGUUUCCUGACUUCAGUAACCCAGCCAGCUCUUUGUGGUGGACCCAGCAGUUCACGGAAUUCCAUGAAAGUCUCGCAUUUGAUGGCGUGUGGAUUGAAAUGGAUGAAGUGUCCAACCUUCUCCAAGGCAGCGAUGGCGGAUGUGACUCCAACAGCUUGAACUACCCUCCCUUCACGCCUCGAGUUUUGGACCGAUUGCUCUUCGAGAGAACGCUUUGCAUGGACACCGAGUUUUACGACGGCCUCCACUAUGAUGUCCACAGCUUGUACGGCUACUCCAUGGCGCAGGCCACGGACUCGGCCUUGAAGGCUGUCUUCGCCAAUCAGAGGAGCCCCAUCUUAUCCCGCUCCACUUUUGCUGGCUCUGGCAAGUUUGCUGCUCAUUGGUUGGGGGACAAUGCAGCUACCUGGAACGACCUCCGGUGGUCCAUCCCCAGCAUCCUUGAGUUCAAUCUGUUUGGUAUCCCCAUGGUAGGUGCCAACAUCUGUGGUUACCAAGGAGACACCACCGAGGACCUCUGCAGAAGGUGGAUGCAACUCGGGGCUUUUUAUCCACUGUCCAGGAAUCAUAAUGGGCCUGGCUUCAUGGACCAGGACCCCGCCUCCUUUGGUGCUGACUCCCUGCUGCUGAAGUCCUCCCGGCAUUACCUGAACAUCCGCUACACCCUGCUGCCCUACCUGUACACGCUGUUCUACCGCGCCCACACCCGAGGAGACACGGUGGCUAGGCCCCUGCUGCAUGAGUUCUACCAGGACCCCGCCACCUGGGAUGUGCACCAGCAGUUCCUAUGGGGGCCCGCACUCCUCAUCACACCUGUUUUACAUGCAGACUCGGACCCAGUGAGUGCCUACUUCCCCGAUGCCCUCUGGUAUGACCACGAGACGGGAGUGGCCAUCCCGUGGAGGAAACAAUGGGUGCAGAUGACCUUCCCCAAAGACCAGAUAGGACUUUUUCUUCGAGGGGGCUACAUAUUCCCUACCCAGAUGCCAAGCACGACCACAGAGGCAAGUCGGAAGAACUCCCUGGGACUACUGGUUGCCUUGGAUCACAGGAGAGAAGCACAGGGGGCGCUGUAUUGGGAUGAUGGCAUGUCCACAGAUUCUGUGGCCAAAGAAAAUUACCUCCUGUACCACUUCUCUGUGGCUGCUAACCGGCUGCAGGCAAAGCUCAUAACGAAUAAUUAUACAGACCCCAAUAACCUCCAGUUUACAGAGAUCAGGAUCUUGGGAAUGGACAAGGAGCCCACUCACCUUACAAUCACUGUGAGCAGCAUUCCUGCCCUGUGUUCCAACUGUUCAAACAUCUACAAUGCUUCCACGAAGGUGGUGACCAUCACUGGCAUCCAGGAGCUGGCCCUAGGACAGGAGUUCUCUGUUGAGUGGACGCUUCUGGUCAGUGACCUGGAGAAGUUCGACUGCUACCCGGAGGACGAGGCUGUGACGGAGCAGCUCUGCGUGCAGCGGGGGUGCCUGUGGGAGCUCCCGACUGCCCCUGGAGUGCCCAGCUGUUUCUACGACACCAUCCCCCGCUACGCAGCCAGCAAUAUCCAGUACCUGCCCACCGGCAUCACCCUGGACCUCAACCUCCUGCCAGACCCCUGGGGCUCCCCUGUGACAGCGGGCACGCCCCGCUCACCCCGGGACCCUGCCCCUGCGGCUGACCCCUUCUCCUCCAGGGCCACCACUCUGCGCCUGAGCGUGGUCUACCACUCGGAGACCAUGCUGCAGUUCAAGCUCUACAAUUCCACCAGCAGAAGGUAUGAGGUCCCUGUGCCCCUGAACAUCCCACCCACUCCAGAUGGCUCGCCUGAGAAACGCCUGUAUGAUGUCAGCAUCCAGACCAGCCCCUUCGGGGUCCAGAUUCGCCGGCGCAGCUCCCAGGGUGUGAUCUGGGACUCUCAGCUCCCUGGCUUCACCUUCAACGACAUGUUCCUGUCUGUCUCCACCCGCCUGCCCUCCCAGUACCUCUACGGCUUCGGGGAGACAGGGCACGAGACCUUCAGGAGAAACACGACGUGGCACACGUGGGGCAUGUUUGCUCGGGAUGAGCCCCCUGGGUUCAAGAAGAACUCCUAUGGUGUGCACCCCUACCACAUGGCUCUGGAGGCAGAUGGCAGUGCCCACGGCGUGCUCCUGCUCAACAGCAACGCCAUGGAUGUGACGGUCCAGCCCACCCCGGCCCUGACAUACCGCACCACAGGAGGGAUUUUUGACUUCUAUGUGUUUUUGGGGCCAACCCCUGAACUUGUCACUCAGCAGUACACCGAGCUGGUUGGUCGGCCGGUGAUGACUCCAUACUGGGCCUUGGGAUUCCAACUGGGAUGCUAUGGAUACCAAAAUGAUUCUGAGAUCGCCAGCUUGUAUGAUGCGAUGACAGCAGCCCAGAUUCCCUACGACGUGCAGCAUCUGGACAUGGACUACAUGGACCGGAAGCUGGACUUCACCCUCAGCCCCAGAUUCAAAGGCCUCAGCCAGCUGAUUGACCGGAUGAAGAGAGAUGGCAUGAGGUUUAUCGCCACUCUGGACCCCGCCAUUUCUGGCAACGAGACCGGAUACCUCCCCUUCACCAGGGGCCAAGCAAGUGACGUGUUCAUCAAAUGGCCCGGUGGCAAGGACAUUGUCUGGGGGAAGGCCUGGCCAGACCUGCCGAACGUUCUUGUGGAUGGCUCCCUCGACCAGGAGACUCAGGUGAAGCUGUACAGGGCCUAUGUGGCGUUCCCCGACUUCUUCCGGAACAGCACGGCUGCGUGGUGGAAGAGGGAGAUCCAAGAGCUCUAUGACAAUCCCCGGGAAGCUGAGAAGAGCCUGCGGUUCGAUGGGCUGUGGCUGGGCACGAACGAGCCAGCAAACUUUGUCAAUGGAUCCAUCAGCGGCUGCCGGGAUGACACACUGAAUAGGCCUCCCUAUAUGCCAGUCCACAGCCUGUACGGCUGGGCCCAGACCAGGCCCACCUACGAAGCUGUGCAGGAGGUGACCGGCCAGCGUGGCAUCAUUCUCACCCGCUCCACCUUCCCCUCCUCGGGCCACUGGGGAGGACACGGGCUGGGAGAGAACACAGCUGCGUGGGACCAGCUGAAGACCUCCAUUGUCGGCAUGAUGGAAUUCAGCCUCUUCGGGAUCCCCUAUACAGGGGCGGACAUCUGCGGCUUCUCUGGAGAUGCGGAGUACGAGAUGUGUGUGCGCUGGAUGCAGCUGGGGGCCUUCUACCCCUAUGCCAGGAACCACAACUCCAUGGGGACCAGGGUGAGACGGCCGGCCGGCCACACGCAAGUCAAGACCCCUGGCUUUACACAGUUCCCAUGGGCGCGCAGUCUCGGGUUGCAGGAGCACAUACAGAGUUCCCACGGAGGCAGCACCGUGGUCCGGUCCCUUCUCCACGAGUUUCCAGAGGAUGUUACAACCUGGGACAUCAACAGCCAGUUCAUGUUGGGCCCCGCCGUGCUGAUCAGCCCUGUGCUGGGACCUGGCACCUUCAUGGUAACGGCUUACUUCCCCAGGGCCCGGUGGUAUGCCCACAGCACGGGGAUGCUCGAGAACGCGACAGGUGAGUGGAAGAACCUGGCCGCUCCCUUGGACCACAUCAACCUUCACAUCAGAGGAGGCUGCAUCCUGCCCUGGCAAGAGCCUGCCCAGAACACUCAACGCAGUCGACAGAAUUUCAUGGGACUGACUGUCGCCUUGGACAGCGAGGGGAAAGCUCAGGGCCAGAUGUUCUGGGACGAUGGACAAAGUGCAGGUACCUAUGAGAGUGGAAACUAUUUCCUGGCACAUUUCACAUGCGCUCAGGAUACCUUGCAGAUCCAGACUGUACACAAUAAGUAUCUGAGUGACUCCCGUCCACUGAAGGUUGGCUACAUUAAGAUUUGGGGGCUGAAGCCUGAGUCUGUGAUUGAAGUCAAGGUCACCCAUGACAACAAGCCGUUCAUGGUAAUGAACUUCACGAGUGACCCUGACAAUCAGAUCUUAACUAUUCAGUUGACUGACAAGGUUAUUCACCUGGAAAAGUUGACUGUGGUCACCUGGACUCACGGUCACCUUGUAGUUACUACGCCGGCCCUGACAAGCACCUUACCGACCAGUUCUCAAUCAUCUCCAUCUACCACUACAAUGACCUCUUCUGAGACUAUGAUGUCAGGUUCUGCUAGUCCACCUGAUGUGACUACGACUACUAUGACUACGUCUUUCAUUGCAACCAUUCCUACCCUGACGAGUGCUACCACCAUGAGCACUAGCAAUACUGUGCCUGAUGUCACUCUUCCUUUUCCUACAAGUACUACCAAUACCAGCGCUAAUGCUACAGCUUCCAGCACAGCCCCUCCAUUCCUGACAAACUACAUCUACUCCUUUCCCUACAAAUACUACCAAUAA